GCUCUGACCAGCUGUAAAGCUAGAUCAGUUGGAACUUGGUGACUGAUAAGACCACAACGUAUUUAAUCUUUUAAAGUCAUGGCCGCUGUUACUCCCCUUGCUGCUGCUGCUCCCGCUCCAUGGUGCGGGCGGGAUUCCAAGCCCCGCACCUUUGAGAAACACUUGCCUGUGGUCUGUUAUGAUAAACCUGAGGCAUCGAUUGUUUCCAAGGAAGAAUACGAUGAUAAACGCUAUCAAGCUCUGACUGGCGAUCUUGUACAGACAGUAGUCGUGCCCAAGAGAGAGGCCCGCACCUGGACAAUGCAGAAGGGCGACUUAUGCCGAGUGACCGUGAACGAAGGCUCCCAAGUGGGCGACAUGAACUUUUGGAACCUGGAGAACACCGCCGAGCGCUUCUACUCAGGAAAGACGCGUCAGCUGCACUCGUCGCACCUGCGCGUUUACGAUCGUCUGUGGAGUUGCCUCCCCUACUUGCGUCCGAUGGCUACCUUUGUGUUUGACUCCCUCGCCGCGUAUGGAAUCGAUGAGGAUGGUGGUGCCCUGCACGACGUGAUUGGAACUCGCUGCGACGAUUACACCUACAAGUUAAUCACAGGCAAUGAUCGGGUGGGCAGCUGUCACAGUUCAUUGGUCAAGGCGGUGGUAGAGGAGCGCGGACUGACAGAGCAGGAUGUGCACGACGUUUGGAAUAUAUUUAUGUGUACCGGAUUCACCAAGGAUACGCAGCAAUAUUUCUGCAAGCCAAGUCCCGCUCGUAAGGGGGAUUUUAUUGAGUUCGUGGCCGACAUGAAUCUUCUGGUGGCCUUGAGCGCCUGUCCGCAAGGGGAUGUCUCUAUCCAGGUGGGCGCAGAAGUCCCAGACGACAAGUGUCACCCCCUCAAGGUCGAGGUGUUCCGCCGAAAGUAACUAGACUAGUCUGGAGAAACCUGAUUCUUACACUGUGCCAUGAAUGUAAACAAUGUAUAAGAGAUGACCAAGAUCAGUUGUAAUGUAGGUGACGAAAUACUAUUGCCGGAGCUUCACACUUGCUUACAAAUAUUUUAUUAAAUAUUGAAUUUUUGCAUUA